CACCUGUGUGACUUCAGACAGAAUGGACUCCAAAUCCCUUGAAGCUGGAGGGAGUCCGAACCCUCGGGUGAUGGGAAUUGUCCUCAGCACCGCGUCCUGCCUCAUCAUCUCCACCAACAUAGUGGUGGCUGCAGCUUUGCUGAAGCUGCUCAUCAAGAAGAGCAGCCAGAGCUGGUGCUUUGUCCUCAACUUGGCUCUGGCUGACAUCUUUGUGGGCGUGGCCAUCACCGGUUUAGCCACAGAGGACUUUGGGAAGGUCACUCUGGACCCCAGUGGUGGCGGUCCUGUCACGAACUCGACGCCUCCGGCUUCAGGAAGAGCGCGGUGUUUGUUCCGCAUGGCCUUCGUGACGUCGCCCUGCACAGCCUCCAUCAUGUCCAUGUUCCUGAUCUCGCUGGACCGCUACGCCGCCAUCAAGAUGCCGCUGCAUUACUCCCUGCUGUCCGGGAAGUGGACGGCAGCCGGAUCCUUGCUGGUUGUCUGGAUCUGCUCCUUCGUCACUGGAUUUUUACCAGUGAUGGUACAGCAGCUGCAGGCCAAGACGACCUACAACGGCUUCUGCGCCUUCUUCUCCGUCAUCCACGACAUCGGCGUGGUCGUGCUGUUCAGCACGCUCUUCUUCCCGGUGCUCUCCUUGUUCAUCUACAUGUAUCUGGACAUCCUGAAGAUCGCCUACACCCACCAAAGGCAGAUCUCCAGAGUGCGGCAGGCCAGCUCCAGGAGCACCACCAGUGAUCAGGGACAUCCCCAUUACCUGCACCACCACCACCAUCACCACCACCUGAGGAGCAGCGACUGGAGCCACGUGAAGGCCCUGAGGACGGUGGCCGUGUUGGUGGGUUGCUUCAUGGUGCUGUGGUGCCCCUUUUUCGUGGUGUGCAUCGUGCACAUUCUGUGUGAAAGCUGCCGGCUCAAACACGUGCUGGAGAACUACCUGUGGCUGCUCGGGCUCUCCAACUCGCUCAUCAACCCGCUGGUGUACGCCUUCUGGCAAAGGGAGGUGCGGCUGCAGCUGGCGGCCAUGUUUUCCUGCAUCAGGGGACGGUGGGCAGCGGCGGCAGGUGUGCUGGAGAGGAGCCCGCCGCUGCCGCCGGUUCAAUCCCAGCACAGACACUCCGAGGCGGAAACACCCAGCCCCUCAUUGUUACUGCCAGAUACCGGAUACGAGAAUCGUACGGCGCCGCUGUCCGCCAUAACCACCCUAUGAAAGAGACUGGAACCUGAAACCCAGAAAAAAAUAAUAAUCUGGGAAUUCAUUUUUGGAAGUGACAAUUCGCAUGUAAUUUCUAACAUACGUGUGGCCAGUGCUGAACCUUUUUCUUGGCCACAUGUAUUUUAAAUGCUGAUCAUACGUGGCUUAAUGUAGGCACACUACAAAUAUUUGCUGUACCACUUAGUAACCAUUCCUGUUUUUACAAUAACGCCUUAAAAUACGUGCAAUCAACAAGAUAAUUUAGCCUUGGACGCACUUACAGAACAAUGUGCAUCUUGAUGGAAAAAAACAACAACAUUUUUUCUAAAAUGGCGGCUUUUCUGUUGUUUUUAUCUCCAUAGCAACCAUUUUAUUUUCUGGUUGUCUGGAGGAGAUGAUUGUGUCUAAGUAACUUUUAGAAAAAUUGGCUAAAGUAAAAUUUGGGAUUUUCUUGGCAACCGAGGUUUUUGUUAACCACACUCACAUUCCUAGUAUAGCCAUUUCAUACGUCACAUUGUUUCAUUCAGCUUGACCCAACAAUUACAACACUGUGCAUCUUGAUGUGAAAAAAAUGGACGGAAAUUUUUUCGCUAGGUUGCACUUACACGAGUCAAUAUCAUCCGCCUUCGUGGCUUUGUAAAAAAAGUCAUCCAAACUAUAAAAGGAAGCUUAAAAUGAAAUAAUAGUUUUCUCAAAGAGGGUACAUUUUUGAAAAUACUAAUAUUAGAUCUGCUGCAUAACUCAGCAUGAAAGGUUGGAGGUCAGCACCGGCAGGGAGCAGGAAAUUCAGCUGCAGCUUGGGUUUGGGUUUGGUUUGCCCCACAUCCAUAAAUCUGCAGGAGCCCUUUGUGCAGCAUCGCUGAGAGUCCCAGAGGUUUGCAGAGGAUUCUGGGACAUUCAAUGAGGGCGGACAACGGGAUGUUUGUCAAGGAGCACUUAAAGAUAAACAACCUCAACCAACAAUUAAAAAAAAAAAAUAGUAUGUUUUCUGUGUCAGUAUCGUACAGAUGUUGGGGUUUAGAGCCUUAAAAACUGUGCGACAAGAAAAGAAAAAUGAAAAAAAAAAAAAGCUCACACGUCUUGAGGACCCCCUUGAAAACGAGAUGACAAAUCUCAGGGGGCUUAUCCUACAAACAAAUAAAUGUGUGUGAAACUUCAGGGCUUUUGUCUAAAGGUUUUGGUUCCAAAUACAUUAUUGACAGAUCACAAAUACGUAAUUAAUGUAAUUUAUAAAAACUGUUAUUUUCUCACACUGUUGCAUCAGUUUCUUUAAAAACUGACAUACUCUGCUUCUGCUUUAAGCUUUUAUCACUUAAAACUACCUCAAUCUUUUCACAUAUGAUGUUUCCAGUUUUAUGUUUUCAUUCAUUAAAAGGAUUAAACUGUCACAACUGCAGGAUUCAUAAAAAUGGACCCCAAAUUAUGCUUGAUUUCAAGUGUUGGGCUUCAAUAUUAUCACCAUUUGAAGGACGUGAAGAGGCAGAAGGCUUGUUUGAGCCUCUACUUUUCAUUCUUUCCAUCAUUGUGAGUAAUUUAAGGGUUUGGCGCAGCACCAUAAGUACCAGGAUGUUCCAGCAAAGUCCCUCAGAGGCUGUGGGCAGAGGGGAGGGCAGUUCCCAUGGUACAUUAAAGGUAUGUGGCCCUG